CACCCUGAAAAUUGUCUCCCUCGAUCCAUAUGAUAAUUCUCUGUACCUGAGUCCCAUUGCCCUCGAAAUGUUGAGUGACGAUUUGCCACAACUUCUGCAAAAUCUGCUAAUUGGUGUUGAGCAUAGCAUAGAGCGUUUAUCGCUCAAUCAGCUAACAGGACCAUAUCAUCAUCAACAAAACCACCACAACAACAAUAACACCACCAACAACAAUGCAACCACCGGUUCACCAAAAUGUAUCCUGAGACGCAGUGAGCUGAUUACGAAAAACAAUAAGCUACACAACAACAAAUAUAUGUUGCGUCGUUUCACCAAUCGUCAGGAUAGCAUGAAUUCAACAUCGUCGGGUAAUAGUAGUGCCAGUGGUCUUAGUACUGCAUCGAGUAGUUCCAGUAAUUCCAUUGCUAAUGGUCAGAACAACAACAAUAAUAACGCAAGCAGCAACACCAACAACAAUCUAUGUGAAAAUAAUAACCAACCGAACGAUUCGAAUACAUCACCUGCCCUACCGAGAUUUUGUUUGGGGAAAUCUUUUCCCCACAUUGACAGUGACGAAGAAAAUGCCGAAGAUAGGCGUAAUUCGUUGACCGAUGAUCAUUUGGAAAGUGAAAUUAUAGCGCCAAAUUUAAUUACCGAUUUGCCUGAAAAGUUGCUUUUAUCUGGCAUCUAUUUACCAGGAACUCGAGACUUGAAAGGAAAUCCGUUGAUCACCAUUGAUGCUGAAAGUGUGUUAACAGCUGGCCUGAAUUGUUAUGAAAUUGCCACAUUGCUUUUGUACUACAGUACAAUACCGGAAAGUUCUGGCCAUAAAACUGCCACUUUAAACACGGCUAAAACUGAGCUAACGACUUCUUCAAAUCAUUCAUCAACAACAACGGCCCCAGCAAGCAACACACAAACUUCCUCACCGCCACCUCCACCGACAUCAGCAUUUGAACCACCACCACCAACAGCCUCAAACGGCACAUCCACAUCAAGCGCCACCACAACAGUCUCAACAUGUACCACCUCCUUAAAUGACAACAUGCCGCCAGAGCAACAGCAUCAAACCGAACCGCAACAGCAAUCGCCGAGUCUUGUAACAUUUACGAUUUUAAUUGCCAUCGAAAAGUCGCAACACCUGUGCGUAAUCGAUUUAAUUAGCCAAAGUUUAAGACUCCUUACACGACACAUUGCUCACAGCCAUAUAUUGGCGGUUUGUCUCGAUACGGGUCUAAUCCAGUCGCCGAAAAUCGUAAAUAGCAACGAAGUUGCAACAACAAAUGAUGACGUAAAGACGUCUGACAUUAAGAGUGACAAAACAUCGGCGACAACAACGGCAGCAACUGCAACAACAACAACAAUCGAUACAAAUGGCAAUUGGCGUUGUCAGAAGACACAUACCGACACACCACACUCAACACUUACCUAUAUUGGUGUCGAUGAAGUUACAACACAUGUGGCAGCCACUGAAAUACCCACUGGACGACUGGGGGGUUUACAUCAGCAUGACGCACGAAAAUGGCGUGAAUUUUUCCUUCACUACGAACCGUUCUAUCAGCAGUGUACGGGUGCAGCACAACGUCUGGUGGCAGCCUUAAAUGAUAUACGCUUAGCCGACCUGCAAGGUCUGCCAACCAGGCGUCAAUUGUAUGCCCAACAUCGGGCAUUGAGUCGUGCCCUGAUGGAUUCUGAAUUGCAUAAUUUGCGCAAGCGUAGUGCGACAACAAUGGCACGUCUACAGGAAUUGGCCAAAACGAUCAACAGCAACAAUAACACCAUAACCAAAUCUUACCAACCACUAACAUCUUCUUCGCCAUCAUCAACGUCAUCGUCUAACAUCGAUGUUGCAAUCCGUCUCCAAAAGGUAACAUUGCUGUUCAAUGAAAUUGAUCGUGCCGCCAAGCGAUUGGAACAGCUCACGGAACAACGUCGCGAACAUUUGCGCGAAUUAACACGGCAACGUGCUCUUGAAGAUGAAAUUAAUGAGGCAAAGAUGGGUCAAAUGAAGAUUAAAUUGUUGGCCUUAUUACGUGUUGAUCGCAAACAUAUUUAUGUUAUAAUGAAG